CGUCAGUUGGACGGACGAGUGAAUUUUGCAUAACAGACAAAAACAAUAUUUUUUUCUGAUAUCUGUAAUUAUAGUUUAGUGCAUAGCAUUAAUUUAAACAUCCGUAGUGAAAUAGUGAUCGGUUACUAUAUUUGUGUGUACAAAUUCUAUUUAUAAUCUUAGUGACACUUAGAUACGUCGUGUAAAGUAUUUAAGUUGCCAUCGAUUUCUGUAAUCUGAUAUUUUUAUAAUAGUGCGUACUAUCGCAACAUGAAUCUACUCGGUUGUUUGAGUUUCUUAUUUUACCUGGUGGUGAUAUGCCGCGCUUCAGGCACCGACAUCGCCUUGGACGCGAAGGCUACACUGCUUCACCGUAUAGACAGCUUAAACUUGCUGAUCUAUACCUGUCUUUUGACUCUGACGGUGCUUACUAUAUGGGUGUUUAAGCAUCGCCGAGUUAGCUGGCUGCACGAGACGGGGCUGGCCGUAAUAUACGGUCUAAUUGUAGGCGCUAUAAUACGCUAUGCGGGCAGUACCAAUGCUGUUACAUAUCUGGAUGCCCACCCUGAGCCUGAUGCAAAGUACAACCUGUCUGUGCCACCAGACAUGAUACGAUUUCACUUUCCAGAUACUAUACACAUACCAUCAGGAGAUGUUCCAAUACAAAAUAAAACAUAUGCAUAUAGCUUUAGAGGUGAAAUUGUAAAUGUGGAACAAAACGAAAUAGACUUAAAGGCAACAUUUGACCCGGAAAUCUUUUUUAACAUUAUUCUACCACCAAUAAUAUUCCAUGCAGGAUAUUGUUUAAAAAGGAAAUAUUUCUUCCGAAACUUGGGAGCCAUAUUGACAUUUGCUAUGGUGGGCACCGCCCUGUCAGCUCUAGUCAUUGGUGCGCUGAUGUACGGCUGUGUGCAACUGAUGCCAGCAUCUCUCGCUUCAAGCUUCACUUUUCUUGACACCCUGUACUUCGGUGCAUUGAUCUCUCCUACGGAUCCUCUUACAGUGCUAGCUAUAUUUUCACAGUUGAAAGUGGAUGUGAACCUUUAUGCUAUGAUAUUUGGUGAGAGUGUCCUCAAUGAUGCGGUGGCUUUAGUACUUAGCGGAGCCAUUCAAAAUUACGAGAAGAGGUACUCAAAUGAUGGAGGAUUUGAAAUCACAGCAUUUUUGGCGGCGAUUGGUGACUUCAUUGGGAUCUUCAGUUUGUCUCUACUCGUCGGUGCUUUCAUAGGAUGCUUGACUGCAUUGAUGACUAAGUUCACCCACGUGCGCGAGUGGCCGCUGCUGGAGUCUGCGCUGUUUGUCCUCAUGUCCUACGCCGCUUUCCUCAUCGCCGAAGUAUGCGAGCUUACUGGUGUGGUGGCAGUAUUAUUCUGCGGCAUUUGCCAAGCGCACUACACGUACAACAACCUGUCGUCUGACUCCCGCAACCGGACCAAACAGCUGUUCGAGCUGCUCAACUUCCUGGCUGAGAACUUCAUAUUCACGUACAUCGGAGUCUCCAUGUUUACCUUCCCGAAACACCACUUCGAUCCGUGGUUUAUUAUUGCGGGAUUUAUAACAUCAACGCUGGGCCGAGCCGUGAACAUUUACCCACUGUCCUUCAUGCUGAAUCUGGGCAGGAAGCCGCCCAUACCCAUGAACUUUCAACACAUGCUGUUUUUCUCAGGACUCCGUGGAGCGAUGUCAUUCGCUCUCGCCAUCCGCAACACGGUGUCAGAGGCUCGACAAGCCAUGCUGACGACUACGUCUCUGAUCGUCAUCGCUACAGUAGUUUUGCAAGGUGGAGCUGCUACACACGCCCUCGCCUACCUUAGGAUACCUACCGGAGAAGGCCAGAAUGACGAAAACGAAGCGCUGCCGUACCGCGACGUUAGAAGUCUGUACCAGGCCACGGAAACCGGAGGCUCGAGAGGCCGCAUGGUAGUUAAGUGGGGCAAUGGAGACAAAGGAGUGGUUAUGCCUUGGCAACUUAACUAUUACGAAGAAACAUCUCGCGUCGAAGGUGGCAGCGAAAAGGCUCGCUUGGCCAAGAUGUGGGGCGCGGUGGACUCACGGCUGCUCAAGCCACUGCUGACCCACGCUCGUCCGCCGCUGACUGAGACCUUGCCGACGUUCAUGAGCCCCGUGGCGCGUUGGCUGACCACCACACACCAGUACACGCAGGGGUGUCUGUACAAUUACAAAUUUGUUGUACCCGAAGCGGAUUCUGGUUUGGCUCGAAACCAGGACAGUUCCCUGCGUCGAGCGGACUCUGACUCUGACUUGUGUAUUGAUGAACCGCAACCCGUGCCUACCACGAUUGAUCCCCAGCUAUCAAUUAAUGUUCGGAACGGAUUUGGGCAUGUCUAAGCUUUGUUGCGUUCGUUAGUGACCUUCGGCUGUGAUAUAAAAUGGUCUAGAUUUAAUAAAAAUUUAAGUUAAUAGGAAAAAAAUGUUUAAUUAUUGCACGCAGCAAAUGUGGCCCGGACUCGUCGAAACUCGGAUCUCGGUGGAAGGUAUCACGGGAAGCAACAUUUGAGCAGGUUGAUUAUGUACAAGAAUGUAAAUGAGUGCCACAAGUGUAAUUAAUGUGAUAUCACUUUCAAGUUAAGAUGAAUUUUACUAUUCGAAACUUUUUGCAUGUAUGAACCAAUAUGUAUCAAACUGCUUAAGUUUGCUUAGUGUAAUUGUAGUUUUCUAUUUUACAUUUAUAAAAUUUCUCGAUAAGCGUAACAGAACUGAAGCCAUGUAUCGAAAUCAAUGCAAAUGUUGUCUAAAUGAAUCCUCUCGCUAAAUAUUCUUGAUUGUCGACCUUGCUUUCGCUAGCCACCUGCUGUGAUGUUUCCGUUAGAUAUAUAGGAUUUUCUUGCAGGGUGCAAUCUUAUAGCUAGUUCAAAUUUUAAUUAUAAUUAUAUCGCCAGAAUCUCGUAAUGUUUGUAGUUUUUUCUGGCACUAUUUCUUAGUGUAAUCAUGUGUUGACAUUUGACUGAUGUAAACCUUUGGACGAUAAAACUACAGUGCAGAGAACAUUAAAGCUUUUGCUCGAAUCAGAGAAGCAGAGCUUUAUUAACGUACCUUUGGGUUCUUAGUUUGCGUAGAAGGUAAACACAUGCUUAUUCCAGUUGCAUUAACGACUGGUGUUUAUGAAAAAGACCAAGCUCAUGUAUAUGACAAAAAGCAAAGUUUUUUUUGUAAUCUUGCCUGAUCCGGACUAUUGGUUUGAGGGAUUUGCGACCAGGAUACAGGUUUAUUUUUUUGACGCAGGUAUUUAUGAACCCUAAAAUGAAUAUGUUAUUUUUGUUAUUGGUUUCAACUGUUUAAAGGCAUAGUUUGAAACAAAUCCUUGUAUUUUUAGAUUCUUCUAACGAUUCGCGUAACUACCUAUGUAUGUUGUAUUGUAAAUAUUUUCUACUUAAUAAACUUCUUGUUACGGUUUAAAAAACCAGUCUUAAAAUAUAUAAUUAUUCUUUUUAUACACUUUGAAUUAUUUUUAUUGUGUUUUGUUUUCUGCUUGCAAGUGUGCAGUUCCGGUGUUAGGUAUUAAAAAUAUCGUUUCUUGUAAUUAAGGCAUUUAAAGCUAUCUGUAAGAUGAAUGUCAUAACAUUAUGCAAAUGGUAGUUUGAUCAGUUGCACAGACAUUACACCAAUGGUAUUAUGAACACUUCAUUAUGAUUAAUUGAUUAGUCAUACAACGUAAUUUUUGCUACUUUGUAAAAUGUAUAUUUAUUGUAAUUAUGUUCCCAAUGCUUAAACCCACCAAAUUGUAUUACACUCACACAUAGUGAGCUAUAUACAGUUUUAUAUCUAAUUGUUUUUUUUUUUAUAUGUUAUUUUAUCUGGAAUCAACCCUUUCACUGUCACAUAUUUGUGACAGUAUAAAAUAAACCUGAAUGUAUUGCUAAGAUAAAAUUGUAAAGACAGAUAGAUAUUUGUGUCAGCUAAAGGGUAUAAAAGUAUUUCACUCCUUUAUCAUAUUUAUAGGUGUAAUAAAAAGUGACUUGAGA